AUGACAGCUGGCUACACCAUCAGAAGGAUCUCCAAGGAUGACUACGAAGGGGUCAUUGACACCCUCAAGGUGUUGACCGUCGUAGGGGACGUCUCUAGGCGCCGGUUCGAGGAGAUCGUCGAUCAUUGGGACGCUGUCUAUCUACACGGCACCUCCACUAGGCAGUACAACCCACUUGUAGUUGUUGAGGACGCAACGGGCCAGAUCGCUGCAACGGGAAACAUCAUCCUCGAAAGGAAGCUGAUCCACGAUGCCGGGCUAUGCGGCCACAUCGAAGACAUUGCCGUGUCAAAGAGUCACCAGGGCAAGCGCUUGGGCAAAUUUCUGAUCGACAGACUUACUCAGCUGGGCUUCGAGGCCGGUUGCUACAAGAUCAUUCUGGACUGCGACCCGAAGAACGUUCCGUUCUACGAAAAAUGCGGAUACUCAAAGGCUGGCAUCGAAAUGCAAAUUAGACGUGACUAA